UGAUGUUGCAUCGAAAUUGGUUGCCGUUGUUACUCGCGGCUCGAUAUAGAACGGAGUGUUCCCUGUGUUGCGCUUAGUAAUCGUGCUGUUUUCAGAAGGUGAAAUCUCUGAAUAGAAGUCGCAGAAUGAAGCUUCAUUUGAUCCUGACGACAAUUGGCAGCCUUCUGAUCCUAGACGCGGCACGCGUGCAAAAGCAUCGCCUACGUCUACGAGUAAAUCCAGACUGCGAAUGUGGUGAAUCAGGAGGGAUAUCAAAUCGUAUUGUGGGUGGAAAAAUAUCGAUUCCGCAUAUAUUUCCUUUUGUUGUGGCAGUUUUGAAUAAAAAAAGGAUUCAUUGCGGAGGCGCAUUAAUUAAUAAUCGAUAUGUGUUAACAGCCGGACAUUGCGUUAAAUGGGCGAACCAGGCUGAUCUUUCGAUCGGCGUAGGUAUGCACGAUAUUGAAAACCCAAAUGAUGGAUAUAUAGUUGAUAUCGAUGAUGUAACUUUACAUGAAGAUUUCGAGAGCGAUUAUCUCCAUGAUACAAAUGACAUUGCCUUGAUUCGAUUGCGGAAUCAGAUUAAGAUCACUGAAAACGUAAAACCUGCAUGCCUUCCACAUAAAGAUUCUGAUUAUACGGGACAGUUCGUCAAAGUUACCGGAUGGGGACGUGUCCACGUGGAAGGAGAACCUUCCCAAUUUUUACGUCAAGCCACUUUGAAAGUAAUGUCCUACGCAACGUGUAAGAAUACUUCAUUUGGAGAUCAUGUCACGGAAUCAAUGAUUUGUGCUUACAAUGACAAUACUGAUGCAUGCCAGGGUGACAGUGGCGGACCUCUUCUAUACCAAAGAAUAGAUGGCAAAUAUGAAAUAGUUGGUGUAGUUUCCUGGGGUAUUGGAUGCGCAGAUCCCGGACUUCCAGGAGUAUAUGUGAAGAUCACUGAUUAUUUAAAUUGGAUAAAAUAUCAUAGCAGAGAUGGUAUUUACUGCAUGGAUAGAUAGGUUUCCGUAUAGUAUAAUAAAUACCGAAAACUAAA